UGCCCAAUAAGUGUUAGGUGCAACAUUAAUUGAUCCGAGUCACCACCUAGUAGAUCUUCAUUUUUUUUUUUGGUACACUGGAAAAAACAACAAUAAGGGCCCCACACAACAAUAUUGAUCCGGAUUGUUGUGUGCGUAGUUAGAUUGUACAAGGGAACAUUUUUACCAAUCACUAAUUUUCUUAGAUCCGCUAUCGACCAUUUCUCUCUCAUAUAUGUGUAGGGUUUAUUAAUUAAUUAUGGGAGCUGACACAUACAUGAGAAAAAAGUGAUUGGUAGACUUAUACGUAGCAUUGUUGAAAAAACGAGACAACUAAAGCCUCUCAAAAACCACUCAUCUUAUGUCCGGGUGGGUACCAUGUGGUACUUGCUCAGCGCAUCCGAGCUGCCCAUUAUAUUUUUGAACUACUCAGAUUUUGAGAGAGAAAAAGAAAAGAGAUAGUGUUGGGAUGAGAGGAGAGAGAGAGAGUUUCAAUCCGAACUAUUCAAAAGUGUAUUGAACGGCCCAUGUGUCAAGCGGAUACCACGUGAGAUAUACCUAUUGGCAUUGAAAAAUUCCUCCCAGCAAUGGGAUGAAAUCCUCCGCCGGAACGGUAUGAUCAGUAUAGCAUAUCUGCCACGUGGAUAAGAUUGACACGUGGCAAACAUGAGGGACCAUAGGAUUUCGGAUCCCCUAUAUAAGACCUGGACCUGAGAUUCUCAAUCUCGUGAAUCCCGUGAAUAUAGCUCUACAAAACUCCUCUCUCUCUCUCUCAACAAAUUCCAGUCUUCCAUUCUUUGAUUCCUUCAGUUUCCUCUCUCUCAUCAGUUUCUUUGUUCUUCUUGAAACUCGGAAACUUCCUUGAGAAAAUGAAGGAAAACAGGGGAAACCCAUUGCAAUUGACAUCAUUGAACCACAUCUCACUUGUUUGUAGAUCGGUUCAGGAAUCCAUCGAUUUUUACCAGAAUAUUCUUGGAUUUGUUCCAGUGAGGAGGCCUGGAUCCCUCAAUUUUGACGGAGCAUGGCUAUUCAACUGUGGAAUUGGGAUACAUCUAUUACAGUCGGAAGAGGCAGGGAAAUCGCCGGAGAAAAGAGAAAUCAAUCCCAAAGAUAAUCAUAUUUCUUUCCAGUGUGAGAGCAUGUCGGCGGUGGAGAAGAGUCUGACUGAAAUGGGAAUAAAUUACAUGAGGCAGCGAGUAGAGGAGGGUGGAAUCUAUGUCGAUCAGCUCUUCUUCCACGAUCCCGACGGCUUCAUGGUCGAGAUAUGCAACUGCGAUAACCUCCCCGUGAUCCCACUCGCUGGAGAAACGGUUCGGGCGUGCUCGCGGCUUAAUAGUCUUCAGGCUGUUCAGCAUCAGCAACAAAUACAAGUCGUCCAACCAUAGGGAAAGCCAGAAAAGGCCGUACCCAGUUUGAGCUGUAAUUCUGUUUUGCAACCUUUGUUUUUCCACUGUUUCCUGUUGGAAGUGUUUGUACGCAGUUAUUGUAUGGAUUCGGACACAAAUGCGUUAAGAACUGUUCUGCAUGUAUGUAUGAUUUCACAUUUAUUGAAUGCAAUUUAUGCGAAUCGAUAAUUGCGAAGAAA